UCAUACAUUUCUAACGUAUUGACAUAUAAACAUAAUAAAUAUGUUAUCUAGCAAAGCUGAAAGUGAAUCGCAUGGCCAAGACUCUUCCUACUUCCAUGGCUGGAUAGAGUAUGAGAAGAAUCCUUACCAUCCACUUCACAAUCCUAACGGGAUUCUUCAGAUGGGACUUGCAGAGAAUCAGCUUUCCCUUGACCUUCCUGAAUCUUGGAUAGAAAACAACCCAGACGCAGUGGGGUUGAAGAGAAAUGGAGAAUCUAUUUUCAGAGAAUUGGCACUCUUCCAAGACUAUCAUGGCUUACCUGCUUUCAAGAAUGCGCUCGGGAAUUUCAUGGCUCAAAUAAGAAGAAACAGAGUUAAAUUUGAUCCAAACAAGCUUGUGCUAACUGCCGGUUCAACUUCUGCUAAUGAGACUUUAAUGUUUUGCCUCGCUGAACGUGGCGAUGCCUUCCUUCUUCCUACACCAUACUAUCCUGGGUUUGACAGAGAUCUAAAAUGGCGAACAGAGGUUGAAAUUGUUCCAAUACAUUGCACAAGUUCAAACGGGUUUAGGAUUACCGUGUCUGCAUUAGAAAAAGCCUAUCAAGAAGCCCUAAAACUCAAGCUUAGAGUAAAGGGGAUAUUCAUAACAAAUCCUUCAAACCCAUUAGGCACAUCCAUGAACCGAUAUGAGCUUAGCCUUAUUAUUAGCUUUGCCAUAGCAAAACAUAUCCACAUUGUGAGCGACGAAAUAUAUUGUGGCACCGUUUUUGACAAACCUAACUUCAUAAGCAUCAGAGAAGUCCUAAUGGAUCAAAGACAGCUAGAGAACACUGAUAUAUGGCGCAGGAUUCAUAUUGUUUACAGUAACUCAAAGGAUCUAGGCCUUCCGGGUUUUCGAAUUGGCAUGAUUUACUCCGAUAAUGAAACAGUAGUUGCUGCUGCAACUAAAAUGUCUAGCUUUGGUUUAAUUUCAUCACAAACCCAAUACCUCGUCUCCAGCAUGCUUUCUGACAAGAAGUUUAUUACCAACUACUUGAAGGAAAAUCGAAAGAGACUGAAAAACAGGAAAGAAAUGUUUGUCUCGGGGCUCCAAAAUGCAGGGCUCAAUUGCUUGAAAAGCAAUGCGGGAUUGUUCUGCUGGGUUGACAUGAGGCGUCUGUUAAGCUCACAAACUUUUGAAGCAGAAAAAGAGCUAUGGAAAUUGAUUGUAGAUGAAGUUGGGUUAAACAUCUCUCCUGGAUCUUCUUUCCACUGCUUUGAACCAGGUUGGUUUAGAGUUUGCUUUGCAAAUUUAUCAGAAGAAAUGCUAGAUGUUGCAAUCGGACGUAUUAAAGACUUUGUAUCCUCUAAUCAAAAUUGUAAGUGCCAUCACCAAAUGGUCACUGUUAACAAGUGGGCUUCUAAGUUAUCAUUAGGUGAUGAUCGCGAACCAGAUCGUUAAAUAGGUCUAUCUGUAUGGACAAAUGAUCGAGUUAUCUACUCAAUUUUGUAAUUAUUAAUUUUUUAAUAUUUGACUUUAUCGAGUACAA